CGGUGGCAGCCCCUGGGUUUGGGCUGAAGCAGGAGCUCGGGUCGCUUUAUUAUCAGCAGCCAGUGGAAGAGAAGGAGGAGGAGGAGGAGGAGAAGACAGCGUGGCCGCGUACGUGUGAGCCAGCCAGCGAAGGGCGAUGGGGCGGCUGUGAGGAGCCACCCUUCCCUCUCUCCCUGACCUCGGCCUUCCCUCCCUCCCUCGCUUCGGCAGUGGUAAACAGAAGCGGGGCAGGAGGAGAAGCGGGGCUGAGGAGCUGAAGCGGCAGCCGCCCUACCAAGUCAGGUUGUUCAGCAGCAGCAGCAGCAGCAGCCUUAGGCAGGAGCGGCGGCUGCCACCUGGCUGAGGAGAAAACGCGGCCCCGUUAUCCGUCCUGGCAGCGGCGGCGGCCAGGAGGGGCAGUCACCACCGCGCCGGCCCUGGCGCGGCGCCCCCUGGUUGCAGGGCGAGAACUGGGUUGGGAGCGUGUGAGGGAAGGUGAGGGCGAGUCCUCCUAGCCCUCACAGGGUGUUUCUCGCUCUCUUUCUUGGGCAGCCUCCCGGGAAGGUCCUUCUGCAUCUCUUUGGCACCGGCUGCGCCAGGAGGGUUUACACCGGCUGACGCCGAGGCCAAGACGCCGCCGCCGCCGCAGCUUCGCGGUGAGGCAAGAAGGAGGCAGCCGCCGCGGGAGAGAAGAGGAUGCCCGAGUGACUGACUCGUCGCCACUUGCGCUGGAUUGAUUGCACUUGGCGGGAAGGAAGGAGGGCAAGGGAGCCAGCGGGCGAGGAGGGAGCGCGCAGCAUCGCCAGCAGCAGCAGCAGCAGCAGCAUGGGGGCCUGGCCAAGGACGUGGUGGUGGCUGCAGCUGCAGGGCGACCCCCAGCCGAAGACAACCGCCACCCGCUUCUGGAGCUUGUGCUGGCUGGUGCUGGGCGCCUGGCGGGGGCUGCUCGCCUCAGCUUGCCCCACCGCCUGCACGUGCAGCCCCGAGCGGAUCUGGUGCAGCGAAACCACGGCUAGCCUCGUGUCCUUCCCUGUGCUCCGCGGGAGAAGUGAGCGGGAGAAAGUCACGGACAUUUAUAUUGCAAAUCAACGGAAUUUUGAAAGCAUCAAUGAACAAGAUGUUGGACUUUACAUUGGGCUAAAAAAUUUAACUGUGGUGGAUUCUGGUUUGAAGUUUGUCUCACGUCAGGCUUUCUUGAAAAAUACCAACCUGCAGUACAUUAAUUUCUCCAGGAACAAACUCUCAAGUUUGCCCAGAAAGUCAUUCCGCCACCUGAAUUUGACUGAUCUGAUUUUAGAGGGCAACCCAUUCAAAUGUUCCUGUGACAUUAUGUGGAUCAAGAUAUUCCAAGAGACUAAGAAUCCAAAAAAAGAAACUCAGGAUUUUUAUUGUAUGAAUGACAACAACAAGAGGAUAUCUCUGAUGGAGAAGCCAGUCCCAAACUGUGGCUUGCCUUCAGUCAAGUUGAACACACAUAACCUCACAAUUCUUGAAGGAAAAAGCGUCACAUUGUAUUGCAAUGCUACAGGAACUCCAUCACCAACUAUAUCUUGGGUUUUCAAUAAUAUUAUUUCAAAACAUGAGAGUGAUGCAAACAAGAACCCAGCUUCUCUAACCAUAAAGAAUGUCUCAUCCAAUGACAGCGGUGCUCAGAUUUCUUGUGUAGCAGAAAAUAGUAUGGGUGAAGACCAAGCUUCAGUUGACCUCACAGUGUUCUUUGCACCAAGUAUCACGUUUCUUGAAGUUCCAUAUCCGGACCACCACUGGUGUAUUCCAUUCAGCGUGAGAGGGAACCCACAACCUGUCCUGACCUGGUUAUAUAACGGGGCUAAAUUGAAUGAAUCGGACUAUAUCUGGACUAAAAUACAUGCUGUCAAUCAGACCGAAUACCAUGGCUGCCUUCAGCUGGACAACCCUACUCAUGUGAACAAUGGCAAUUAUACUUUGGUGGCACAUAACCAAUAUGGAAAAGAUGAAGCAAGCAUUUCUGCUUAUUUUAUGGAAGAUCCUGGAGGUAGUAGUCCAUUCUAUGAGCAUAUUGGUUAUAUUGAACCCGAGGAUUACGGAACGCCAACAAAUGACUUUGAGGACACUACAAAUAAUAACAAUACGGUUACUUCUACGGAUGUUUCAACCGGCAGUGAAGAUAGCAUCACUGUGUAUGUUGUAGUGGGGAUUGCAGCAUUAGUGUGCACUGGCUUAGUUAUAAUGCUCAUUAUUCUCAAGUUUGGAAGACACUCCAAGUUUGGAAUGAAAGGUCCUUCUUCAGUUAUCAGCAAUGACGACGAUUCAGCAAGUCCUCUCCAUCACAUCUCUAAUGGGAGUAAUACACCAUCUUCUUCUGAAGGUGGCCCAGAUGCAGUGAUAAUAGGAAUGACAAAGAUUCCUGUAAUUGAAAAUCCUCAGUAUUUUGGGAUCACAAACAGUCAACUCAAACCCGACACGUUUGUCCAGCACAUCAAACGGCACAAUAUUGUUCUAAAAAGAGAGUUAGGAGAAGGAGCCUUUGGGAAAGUCUUUCUGGCUGAAUGUUACAAUCUGUGUCCUGAGCAGGACAAGAUCUUCGUUGCAGUGAAGACACUAAAAGAAGCUAGUGAUAAUGCCCGCAAAGACUUCCACCGAGAGGCAGAACUAUUAACUAACUUACAGCAUGAACACAUUGUGAAGUUUUAUGGAGUCUGUGUGGAGGGAGAUCCUCUCAUCAUGGUCUUUGAAUAUAUGAAGCAUGGGGAUCUCAACAAAUUCCUCAGGGCGCAUGGACCCGAUGCUGUUCUGAUGGCUGAAGGCAAUCGUUUGGCUGAGUUAACCCAGUCUCAGAUGCUGCAUAUUGCCCAGCAGAUUGCAGCCGGCAUGGUUUACUUGGCAUCACAGCAUUUUGUGCACCGUGACCUUGCCACUCGAAAUUGCCUCGUCGGUGAAAACCUGCUGGUGAAGAUUGGAGAUUUUGGAAUGUCAAGAGAUGUGUACAGCACAGAUUACUACAGGGUUGGUGGGCAUACCAUGUUACCCAUCCGUUGGAUGCCUCCUGAAAGUAUAAUGUACAGAAAAUUCACCACAGAAAGUGAUGUCUGGAGCCUUGGAGUUGUUCUAUGGGAAAUCUUCACCUAUGGCAAACAGCCAUGGUAUCAACUCUCAAACAAUGAGGUAAUCGAGUGCAUCACUCAGGGCCGCGUCCUGCAGCGACCUCGCACAUGCCCAAAGGAAGUGUAUGAUCUGAUGCUGGGUUGUUGGCAGCGGGAGCCUUAUAUGAGGCUCAACAUCAAAGAAAUCCACUCCCUCCUUCAGAACUUGGCCAAAGCCUCUCCCGUCUACCUGGAUAUUCUAGGCUAGAAACUCUCAGCACUUCCUCUUACGGAGUGCAUGAAUGAAUGUGUUCAAUUGCCACUAAACUCCAUAAAAAUGUGUUCUUAAGUCUGACAGUAUUAAAGACAAAGAUACAGAGAAGCUUUCAAAGGGCAAGCUGUGUGCAUUUCUCCCUCUGUAGACACAGUAUUGACUUUGUGACAUUACUGAAAUGUAUCUCUUCCUUCCUUCAUUCUUUCUGUUUCUCUAUUUUCCCCUUCAUUUCUAUUCAAUCUGGCUUCUGCAUUAUUAUAACUCUGCAUAGACAAAGGCCUUAAAAACCUAACCUGUUAUAUCAACAGACACUCAGUUUUGCCCAUCACAACUAACAAUGCCUUGUUGUAUUCAUGCCUUUGAUCCGGAUAAAAAAGGGAAACACUGACUCAAACUUUAUGACUUCUGCUGUAUGGAUCUGGAGCUUCUAUGGAUUCACUUCUACUUCAUUUGCUUUGACAUUUGGCUGGAAAACAGAAGACUGGAAUUCUCUUUGGGAAACAUGUUUCUAGCUGAAAUCAAACCAGAAGAAAAGAAAUCAAGCUAUAGGACUGGACAGCAUCCAAUAUACCACACAAAUGCAAUGGAUGGUUAGGCGAAAGGAAACAAAAUCCAAUGCUGUUCACAGGAAAAUGUUCAGAGCACUAAAGGCAUUUCUAAGUGUGCUUCUAAGUCUACCAUUUUAACAUUGAUAGAUGGUCUGACAGGUGAUAAGCAGAAAAAGUUGCUUAUGUCACGCAAAAUUGCAUAAUACGCUCAACUAGGCUUCCCCAACCUCAUCUUACCAUAGUAGUUUAUGAGGCUACUGGUAGCAGCUUUCUCCAGUUAGCCUUUGGUAAUAUAGGCAGGACCUGGGGUGUAUUAGGGUAGUAGAAUCUUAAGGGCAGUUUCCUAAAAUACUAGGGUUUCGGUAAGAUAAGACAAGGGUCGAUAUGGAGGGAAGCUUAUCUUAAAAGUUGCUGUUCUGACAGCAUAUUCCUAUUUCUUUCUCCUUCCUAUUCUCCUUUUUACUCUGCUGUGCAAACCAAACCUAGCAUGGUUUCUGUCAGCUUUGUGCUGAAAAAGGUUGCUCAUCUCAUUGUACACCCUUAAAGACAUAGCAAAUCCAUAUACAAUAUUUAGUUGUAGGGAGGUAGUUAACCGCAUUCCAACACUUUUUCAUUGUUACAGACACAAUAGGCUGGUACACCAUACUGGGGGUUAUACUGCAGGCAUAAGAGAGAAGGUUACAUGUGCAAAAAGACCCUAGAGAAAAGUCAGGAUGGCUAUCACUUGGCAGAAUAUUAAGAGCCUUCCUGAAUUCAGCACCAGUUUCCAGUUAAUCAAAUGGUUACAUCACAAGCUUGUCUCCAAAGAAAAUGAAUCCUGACAAAGUCCUAUUGAAAUUAUUGGGAUUUAAUUUCACAGCUAACUUGUCAUAACUAACUUAUCUCUGCUGAUUACAGUGGUGCUUAAUCAAUUAAUCACAAUUCACUUUUUUAAAAAAUAAAAUAAAACCCUUAUCUUCCUGCCCACCCCUUUUGACUUAGGAUUGACAGGACAUAUAUAGUGUGGCUGCUGGGUUGAAGGAGACAAGCUCAUAGGUAUCACUGAAGGAGACAAGCUCAUAGGUAUCACUGUAGAUGUCAAAGGUUUAAGAUUUACAUGCCAGGUUAUUUUUAUUAUAAACCUUUAUGAUGAGACAAAGUCAAAGCAACUUUCUGCCUCUGAGGAUAAGGAUGGCUUUGCUGCAAAAAGAAAAAAGAGAGGGAGGACAUUUUAAAAUAGCAACUGGAUCAUAAAUGAACAUUUUAUUGUCAUUUUAUUUAAGAAACUGAGCACUUGUUAUUCUAACUGUUCCCAUAAUAAUUUAAUUUAUGUUUUGCUUGCAUUUCUUAUUUAUUAAAGCACUUUCUUUUCCCCUUGGCAGGUUUUUCAAAAUCCAGACUAAAAUAUUAAAUGUUUGAACCGUGAUGGAGCCAUUCUCUCAUAUGUUAUUGACAAAAAUUGGUCAAUAACAAUGUAACUUUUAAGCCAUAUAUAUUAGUUCCUAAAUAAACUUUGAACAGGAUUUUUUAAAAAUAUUAAGGAAUGAUUACUAUUAAAUGGAUUUUUAAGAUUAUUUCAGUGAUGGCUGAGAAGAAUUAACAUGGGGUGGGGGGAGGCCAAACAUCUUACCCAUUCUUUUCAAGGACUAGUUUUCUGUAUUUAUUUUUGAAAGUAUAAUUCCAGUAUGUGAGAAAUAUGUGUGUGUGUGUGUAUGGCGGGGUGGUGGUGGUGGUUGCAACAACGAGAUGUCAAAGAUUGCUAAAAAGAAACAUCAGUCCAGGUCAUUAUGUUCCAUAGUUUGUGGAAGAAUUUAAUUCUUCAAAUCUUCAUUAGACUCUACCAUUUUUGUCUGUCAAUACAUUGGGCCGGGGGGAGGGUAGUCUCAGCUUGGAAAUAACAUUGUACAAAUGGUGAAGGACUGUAUACCAAAACAAAUGUAUAAUUUGACCAGAUGAUGUCUUUUCCCCCCUUCCUGGAAAAGCCUAAUAGAGUCAUUAAAAAUAUUGUGUUAUAAUCUGAUGUGCAGUAGCAUAACCAUAUGUCCAUGUUAAAGGACCAAAUGUUCUAUACAGCCAGUGUUCUGUACAGUGUGGAUAAAACUUGGCCUGUACUGCAAAUGUGGACCAUAGUGAAUAACAGUUGCCAUCAUUGUAGGAAAAGUGUUAACUAACUCAUGCUAAACAACAUUUGCAUUUAUUGAAUCAAGGGAAUGUAAGUAUAGGAAACUGAGAAGAAAAUUAGAAACAUAUAUAAAUAUAUUCAAAAGGAAAAAGAAAGGUUAAUAAUCUACUGUGUACAUAUUUGUCAUGCUUAUAGCUUCAGCUAAACAUUCUACACUGAGCAAAGAUGACAAUCAGGCUUAUUAAUAAAGAUAAAUCCUUUCUUGACUAUGCCACAAACAAUCAUAUAUAUAAUAUACAUUAUAUAUAUGUGUUUACAUAAAUUGUGUAUAUAUCCACAGUAGAUACAUCUGUAUAUGUGUUUUAUAAAUAUUUGAUUUAUACAUAUGCAGACAUAUGUGAUUGUGUGUAUAUGUAUACAUUCGUGUAUAUGUACACAUAUAUUCUUGCUGGUGAUGUAUAGAAGACAGUGAGAUUAAUAGGUUGAUGAAGUAUGCUAAGUAACCAAAAUCCAUUUAUUUUUCUUUCUUGCUUUAGUUUCAAGAUGUUUAAUGUAUAUUUUCCCAUACAUUGGAGAUCAGCAUUUAACUUGCAUGUAGUUCUGCAUAAAUGAAGAAAUUCUAGAAAGCAGAUUAUUUCCUAAAUACAUCAAAGUACCCCCACCAUCUCCACCCUAUCUAUUGAUUACUUUCUUGUUAGCUUUAACCAUCUUCUUUGGAGCUAAGGGUUUGUGUCACUAACUUCACUCUCUUCUGCAAUAUUUGUUUCUAUGAAUAUUUCUAACACUUGUGAUUUUCCACUUUUGCACAGUAGUGUUUGCAAGGACAAGCAAAUUCAGGUGCUCUAUAUAGGGUAGGAUGGAAUCAUUGUGAAAGCAUACUGCCCUGUAAGUGCUAGAGCUGCGCUGAAUUUCUGUGCGUUUCAAGUCAAAUGUUCAUAUUAACUGCAGGAGAAUUUUUCACUAAACUGUUAAACAAAUUGCAUGAGCAUAAAUGGAUGUGUAUGCUUUUUGUUAAUGUCCUGGAAACUAACUGCAGCUCACACAGAGUUGUAGCACACAGAGUUGCAGAUCACACAGCUCACAAAGACACUCAAAGGCUGGUUUUUGAAACUUGGAGGAAUUCUGCAGUCCCCGAGGCCUUCAGGGCCCAGGUCGGGGAAGCUCCCAAGCCUCAAGAGCGAAGUGUGCAUACCAAACAUGUCUAACCAAAUUUGGAGAAGUUCUCCAACAUGUAGAUGUAAAGCUCAUGCAGAGUUGUAUUUAAUCCCUCGUGUCUAUGGGCAAGGUGAGGCCAUCAUCAGUUCCAUGGGCUAGGGAAGAGUUUGCAUAUAUUCUGCCCAAGAGCCAUUAAGAAUGGCCUCUGAUACUAUGAUGACCCUGACUAGCUAAAGUGCACACAAUUCCCUGAACGUACAAACGAGUCUUGAGGGGAAUUAUGCACACACCCUUCUAGCAUCCAGGACGUGGACAAAAAAUAGGCAAACAUUUGGAGUGGGGCUGCUGCAAGCAUACUCAGAAGUGCUUCGGGGCAGCUAUAAAAGCAAAAACAAAACUUUAAAAAGCUGUUUUGGCUGAGCUCUGGCAAAAGCAGUGCCAUGAAGGUGUCCCUCAUGUUUUCUUUUUCAUCGUUGUUAGAUGUAUAGAACUCCUCAGUGAGCUGUGGAAAGUAGAUUUUGUACAGUGACAGUACCAUGUGUUGCAUGAGGAAGGUUACUAUUCUUCUUAAAGGCGUUUGUUUACUCUGAAGUAUGAAGCAUUAUCUAUCUAGAGAUCAUCCCAUUCAGGGGUCAAUUGAGGACUGAAUGCACCUGUUCAGGCCACAAUACACAAAAAGCCUCUCAUCACAGCUGAUGGUCAAUGGGCAUCUGCAGCAUCACACCCUGGCCUAUCUCAUCAGAACCUUCCCCAGGCCAAGUGGCUAAUUGGCUUGGGACUGUAGCCUCAGACAGCACACACAACUACUGCCUCCAUGCUCCAUUUCCCUCCCUAAUAAAUCCAAUAACUGAGGGGCUUCCGGCUUGAGGGACUUCCCUGCUUGCCUAAGGAAGAUGUAACCUUUCCUGGCCCCUCCCAUAGACUGGGCCUGCUCUCUCUGUUGGUGGCUUUCCCUCUGCAACAAGCCCUGGAUGUUUUCAAGCUGCCCUGUUGUCUUUCUUGACUUCUCUUUCUCUCAACUCUUUGGAGUAGACUGAGAUGAGCUUUUCCAGAAUAAUUGUGAUUGACAUGGACUUUUACAUAACAAUUGGAAGAAAAGCAACUGCCCUAUAAAGUUACUGAGUCACUGGUUGACUAAGAUGACAAAUCUUAGUGUUGUCGCAGCCUGUGAACAAUCACAAGUGUUGCUAUAAGAACAGUGGGCCUGCAGGGGACAUCGGGGUGGGGUUUGUAGUUCAAUGUGAAGGUUUGAUAGCACACAAAGAUGUAUUUUCUUAUCAGGGCUGAGAUACUGCUGUUCUGAUUCAAGAGAUCCUUAUAGAGCCUUAGUUCAUGCUCAUUUUAAUUUAAUUUUGUAUACAUUCAUUGCAAAUACGAAGCAAAAAAAUCUCUAUGUUGCAGGGAAAACACUGUGAAUUUCACACAAGCAACCAAGUGACUAUUUUGCCAUCUUUUUAACAUAUGUCUCAGGAGAAGAAAUGAGGAUUGACGAUUAUAUGUUAUUUUACCGUCUAUGCAUUCAAAGCCAGGUCUAUGGUGGUUGUUUUUGUUUUUGUUUUGUUUUUUGCUGGGAGAUUCAAGAAUGACGAUUGGGUAAAACUGUGAGCAGGAGCAGCUAAACUGCUCAUAACAAGGCUGUUUGACAGGAAAAAGAAAACAGAAAUCAAAGUUUUUCAGAGACCUACAUACAGCUUUUAGGUAUCUUUUCUGUAACUUAAAAAUACCAAAUGUUAAACAAACAGCUGAGAAUGUUUUGUAAAUCAGUCAUUAAGCCUAGUGUGGGUUUAAUGGCAUCAUAAAUCAAUUUAAUUUAAAAAUUAUUUGUCCCAGCGCUUUGGGCUACCUAUAGUAUAUGUACAUAGAUAUAUGUAUAUAGAUAUAUUUCUAGAUCUUUCUAUUUGUCUGGUGUGAGGGGGCGCAAUAGAAAGAUCUAGAUAUCAUGAUAAAUAUCUAUAUUAUCACUCAGACUGUGACCUGAUGUUUGGAGCUCUCUUUCUCCAUUUUCAUUUUUAUUUGAAUGUGAUGUCUCUGUACAGAUAUUUAGUGGUUCUUGUUUUGCAGUUUGUUAUCAAAAUCCAUUGCUUUAAAAAUAAAGACCUAUUGCAUCUUGGCUGAAUUUGAAGUGAUGCCUGAGUAGCAAUGUUAAAAGUUUUGUUUGUGAAUCAUGUGACCAGCUUCUCUCAGCCUGACAUGGAAAGUCUCUUGUACUAAAGUGUAUUUAAUGAAAACGAUGUCCUACAAUAAACAAUGUCAUCCUAAAGAAAGAC